AUGUUUGUAAAAUUCGCUUGGAUAGUAAGUGCGCUGAUAAUCUUAGAGGUUCAAUUUAAUUUUAAAGUACAAGUUCAAAGUCACAAGAUAUCGGGUCGAGUACUCAGAAAUCCUCUGAGACCUACUUUGUUCAGACAUAUUGAUAGUAAAAGUGCCAUUUAUCGCGAUCAUAUCGAUAGAAAUUACAUCGACCAUCGUCCUUAUCCAAGCUUGUAUUCGCACUAUAGAUUAAUAAAACCUUACGGGGUUUUCAAGCAACGCAGACUCCCGGGAAUCCCCGCGGUUUUUCUUAAGCCCCCGGAACUUAAGCCACGGACCAAAAAUAAAAAACCCAAUAAAUUAAAGAGUAGACCAAAAAAACCGAAGGAUUCUAAGGAAAAAUUGAGUUCGGAAGACGAAGAAAAGAUUAAGGAAAUUAAAUAUAUCAGAGAUCACGCCCCGGCUCAGCAGACCAUAAAUGAAGUGAGGGAUGAAGACGAAGAAUACGAUGAUGAUGAUGAUGAAGUGAAAAGUUAUUCUGAUGAAGACAGAGUUGAUUUUCAUGUUCAUGGACAUCGAGGUCCUGAUUCUUAUAUUUUUGGUUACGAUACAGGCAAAGGAAAAAAUCGUCAAUUUCGUCUGGAAGAAAAGCACGGUAACGGUACAGUAACUGGCUCCUAUGGUUAUUACGACGCAAAAGGUAAACUCCGUAAAAUUUAUUACAACGCAGACCCAUCCUAUGGUUAUCAACAAAAAUCAGUACAUGAUAAAAAGAAUGAACCAACAAAUAAGUAAUCAGUAUAUAAAACUCGGAUUAUUUAUUGUUUAAAAACAAACAUUUAUUAUCACAACUCAUAACGUCAUAACUUAAAGAGACAUUAUUAAAACUUGUGCUAUAUUACCGUUAAGUGAUUUGUAAAUUCUUUUAUUUAAAUGAAUAACAAAAGUUAUAUAAUUAAAAAAUAAGUGGGAUGCUCAUGCGUUAUUAACUUUUUUAUACAAAUAUUUAUAAUAUCAAAUAUGCGUAUACGACAUGAAAAAAAAUAGUAACAUUAAAAAUGAAUACUUGUAGAUUUGUGAACUUUUAUAUUUUUUAACUAUACUUUGUUUAAUUAACUAGUAUUUUCUUUAUCUAAAAUUCAUUUAGUUUAGUAUAUUUUCUAUACAGAAAU